CUCUGGAGAAGACAGAGAGAAAGAAGAAGAAGCAACACGAUCCCAGCAAGUUAACUUGCUGAAUGACAACUAAAGUAAAACACAAACUUUUCACCUUUUCAGCGCUGACGUCUUCGCAGCCCGUUGACAAGUCGACACACUUUGGUGGGCGACUGCGGUGUCUCCGGCUUGACUGUUUUCCGUUAGGAGCCGAAAACAAUGCGGGAUCGAACGAAAGAAUUGGGGAACAAAGGCGACGUUUCGGACGAGGACGAUGAGGGCAAAUCUCUGAUGAUCAGACCUGGAAGCUCUUCAGCCAAGGAGGAGAAGGACAAUGAGAGCUUCUUUAAAAAGGUUCAAGAAAUCCACGAGGGUUUAUACAGCCUCAAGAGAAUGGUUAGUGACCUUGAGAACAAGCAAAAAACGGUCCUGGGCGUGGCUUUACCCGAGGAAGCCAUGAAGAAGGAGCUGCAGACGCUCCGAGACGAAAUCAAGACGCUGGCCGGUCAAAUCCAGAGGAAGCUAAAGAGCAUCGAGCCCAAGAAGGGAGAAGAUGACGGUAAAUACAUAUCCGUCAACGCUCGAAUGCAGCGCACUCAGCACGCCGUCCUCUCCCGAGGGUUUGUAGAGCUGAUGGGCCACUGCAACACCAUCCAGGUGCAGUACAGAGAAAUCAACGUGGAUAGAAUAAAGAGACAACUCAAGAUAACUGGAACAACGGUGACCGACGAGGAGCUGGAUUCAAUGCUGGAAAGCGGCCAGACAGACGUUUUCACGCAAAAUAUCCUCAGUGACGCCAAAGCCACCAAACAAGCGCUGAACGAGAUCGAGUCGCGGCACGACGAGAUCCUCAAGCUGGAACGCAGUAUUAAAGAUCUUCACGAUAUGUUUCAGUACUUGGCCAUGGAGGUGGAAGCUCAGGGAGAGAUGGUUGACCAGAUUGAACACAACAUCAAGCAGUCGUCCAACUACGUGGAACGAGCCAAGGAGAACACGGAGAAAGCUGUUACGUAUCAGCAAAAAGCACGCAAGAAAAAGAUCUGGAUCGCAAUCUGUUUAGCAGUGGUUAUCAUCAUUCUCGCCAUCUCGCUGGCCGCCACCUUCUCCUGACGCAUCUCAUGUAAAUCCGGGCCAGUUGGGAAUGUGCCCGGCGUCUCACUUUUGCCUCGCUAACACUUUAGUCGGCCUUCCUGGUGUUGCGCCAUCCUGUAAAAAUGUCCGAUUAUUCAAGAAGACUGUUGCAGCAGCGCCCCCUUAAGACUGGAGCCAUAUUGUUCAGUACUCGGGAAAAAUUUGUCCCGUAUUAAUAGGACAAAAGGGGGUUCUUUUAUAACUCUUUGUACAUAAUAUAUGGUGCUUUCACAAACAUGACGUUUUAAAGCAAGCUGCCUUUGUGUAACUAUGCAGUGUAAAUAAAUACAAAUGUUUGUACCCCCUUCACCUAUCCUUUGGAUUUUAACAGCACCACGGACCAGUUUUUGUAUUUAUCAUUUGAAAACUCGGAACUUGUGAGAUGCUUAAGCACAUUAAAGUCUUCUUAAAUUGUUUCAUGCACUAUAAUGGAAACUUUCUUUCCUCAUGUGUGGGCUCUUAAAAUUCUUCAAAAAAUUUUUAAUGCCAUUCACAUUUUUAAUUCAUUUGAAAAAAAUGUAGUUUAAGGUAUUUAAAAAAGGGUUGCCAACUUCCUGAAAAAAUAUAUAUGGCGGAAAACACAGACAAGGCUGAAAAAGCAGUUUCUGCUCUUGCAUUUUAAGCCAAAAGAACUGUUGUGUUUGAUAGAACAAUAUGUCUAUAUGCUGCAAUAGCAGAUUCAUGGCGCAUUAAGCCCCCGAACUAUUUUGAAUUUGUCCGUUUUACCCUGGAGACCCCCAUUUACAGACGCCGUGCAACCGCUUCGGUUUCAACCCAGCCUCAAAAAGUUCAGAAAUUAUUUGAAAUGUCUGUCAUUUUUAGUUUAGAAUCAUUGAUUCUAAUAUUUGGUUUUAAAAAACAUUCACAUAUUUUAAACAAAUUACGUCACAAUGGAAAAAAAUGUCUGUAAAAAGGUCACGGAUAUCUACCUCAUAACGAUCGCUUAAUUGUAUUUUUUGUUACCGUCGCAUUUUCCCCAAUAUUAUAGAUAAUAAAAGAAUCGAUCCAAACAAAGAAAAAUUGAAAAAAAAAAAACUUUUAAAAGGGUAAAAACAUGAAAAAGAAAAUCACGACCCUUGUUAUAUGACCAUGUUUCACCCAUAAAAUCCCUAAAAAAUCCGGCUGUGGCCAUUCACAGCUGUUUUCUGUAAGAUGUGCUUUAAUGCUUUUGCACGCUAAGGUUAAUAAUGUGUGUUUAAAACUAAUAGUUAUAACUACAGUCUUAUUUAACAGUCUUAAAGCCUUACAAAAGAAAGAAUGUGUCGCGGAAGGUCGCAUUCAACUGAAGGACAGAUGCCAGCAUGACCCAGAGGGGCACAUUUCCUGUUUUAGGUUUCUAUUGCUGACCAUAAAGUUUCAACACAAUGAGACAAGACAAAUAACUGCCCGCACCAAUCUCUCAAGAUAACUAUUUCUUAAGAUGUGAAACUCACACAUGUAUGUUGAAACUCUGUCAAUAAAAGGCUGCGCUCCUCAGGGGGAAGGGAGAGAAGCUUGUUGUGAGCCACUCGCUCCGCAUCAACCUUCCUCCUGACGGCCGUCAGCGUAAAAACGUAUCUCCGUCUCAAGUCUGAUUCUUCCUCCGUCCCUUCCUAGGUCUUUGUUGUUUUCUUAGUUCAAGUAUUAAGUUUAGACCUAACAUUUUUCUCUGGUGCCGAAGCCCGGGACCUCACAUCCGUGUCGUAGCGGGACCAACGGGCCGUCUCCGGACAACGACACCUUUACGUGACUGGACCGGCCGUCAGUUUGUUCCUGCGACGACCCGGAUCGCCGGUGACAGGUCCCAACCGAACCAGGGAGGGACGGAUUAAGGUUGGACCAUAUUUUUGUCCAGAGUUGACGCUUUCGGUGUUGAUAACAUUUAGUUAUAAGUCAGGGACUUAUAAGAUUAGUUCGAGGGAAGAACGGCGCAAAGUAAACAGUUGAAAUCAACCCACUGAUAGUUCCGGGAACUAUUGUGCGAUAAAUUACGUACGUUUUAAAGGUCUAAAAAGUGUUGCGUAAUAUUAACUCUUGACGUACAAAGGGUUAACACACGCACGGUAUUUUGUGUGACAAAGACAAAAUAUCGUCCGAAAGCGGGUCGUGGAACUGUUAAAAGAUCAAAAGUGACAAAAAUUCAGCCUAGAACCGGAGAUAAAAACACGCGUAAACGAAAAAUUAACAAAAUCGAACUUGCAAAGUCCGUGCACGGCAACAAAUAAUUAAACGUUCGGCGCAGACAGAAUAACGAUUGAAAACUCAAAAUAAGUGCAGAGAAAGAAUAGAGGACAAGCUCAAAGUCCUCUCAGUGUGGGAAACUCAAAGAAAAAGAAGGUCUGAGCAAAGUGAACGAGAAGGCGAAGAGAAAGCAAGCACAAAAAGAAAGAGGAAGUGCACUUGUCAUGUCCAUAGUGAUAAUUGGUGAAUUGUGAUGUUGAAGGUUUGAGUAAGUUGUAUUGAGGACAGAGGUAACCGUAAGUCUAAGUAAAGAUGGGUGGCGAAUGUGUUUGGUUGUUUGGUGGACGUCCGGAGUGACAAGAAGGAUCUGAGAAAGUAGGGUUGAGAAAGUUUUGGGCGUGUGAGACGAGAUUCGAUAAGCGAGGGAACUGUUUGUAAAGAGCUUACAGUUUAUUGUGCAAAAUCGGAAAAAAAUGGAAGUUUUUCAACAUGAGGAGUGCGGCCCUUCGGUGGCCCCUAUUUGCAACAUGGGGUCCUCGACGGCAUCCGCUGGGUUUUUGCCCAAAUUAUAAGGGAAGGUUGUAAUUGCAGCUGGGAAUAUUCCAGCCUUUCCCUUGUACUAUUUAGGAUAUGAAUUUUAAAAUGGAAUCUCAUUAGAGAUAAAAAAUAGAUUAUUGAGCUAAAUUGAAACUUGUAGAACGCUCUUAAAAGAAAAUAAGAGAAUGGCUAAAAGAAAAUAGUUAAUGUUUUGAAAAAGAUCAACUGUUGAUAAUUAGCUAUUUGAAAACAAACUUAAAAGA